GCGGGUGCUCGCGCUCGAACUUGACUUGAGAGCGCGAGAGAGAGAACGAACGCAGCAGGUGCGCGAGGGAUUCCGCGCCGUCAUUUAGCGAUGCAGGAAUGGUAAAUAAAGCAGUUUAUUGAACUAAUCAUGUCUUGACAGCAGCCACGGGCUUGUUUUGAACCACUAAAGUUGCAUUUGUUUACUGGAAAACGCAAUGCCGUCGCAGGACGAGGCUGAGGCGGUAAAUGAAGACGACUGUCCGCCUCCGGUUCCGCCGCGAGCGAAUCUUCAGCAAAAUUCCCCUGAGCGCCGGGUCAAGUGUGUGCUGGUCGGGGAUGCAGCGGUGGGUAAAACGAGCCUGAUCAUCAGCUACACCACUAACGGAUAUCCGGCGGAACACAUUCCCACCGCCUUUGACAACUUCACAGCUAGGGUUGUGGUGGAUGGAAGACCAGUUCAACUUCAGCUGUGUGACAUGGCCGGACAGAGAUGGGGGGCAGUGGAUCAGCCUCUAUAUGACGAGUUUGAGCGCCUCCGUCCACUCUGUUACCGUGACACUGACGUCUUCCUGCUCUGCUACAGCGUGGUCCUUCCAUCCUCUUUCAGGAGCGUGAUGGACCGCUGGGCCCCUGAGGUUCAUCGUCUCUGUCCGGGAGUUCCCAUCAUCCUCGUGGGCACCCAGUGUGACUUGCAGGAGGAUGUCCAGGUGCUGAUCCGACUCUCAGACGGCCAGGAGAAACCGGUGAGCAGAGACGAGGCCCGCCUGUGCGCCCGGAGCAUCGGCGCCGUGACGUUUGCUGAAUGCUCAGCACUGACGCAGAAGAACCUGAAGGAAGUGUUCGACGGUGCCAUCUUGGCCAGCAUGCAGCACGUGGAGGAGGCGGCGUGGCCGACGAUGCACACGCUAAGAGAAAAAACUCCAGAUAAAAUCAAACAGCUCUCGGAAACAUGGUGGAGGAAACUGAGCUGCGUCCAGAGCUUUAACCUUCAGUGACGGAGAAUCCAGUUACGCCACACUGGUGGGUUUGAGUUGCCUUUCUCGCUAUAGUCACUAUCUCACAAUAUAAACAAACCUCCAGAUGAAAUGGGAUUCACAGACAGAUUUUUUAAUGUGAUGCAUUUCCAAAUUGAACAGUAUAACAAGCAGCAAUGUAGAACAGGAUGUGGAUUUACUGCGAAAAGUGGCUGUUAUUGCAAUUUUAUAUAAAGUUUACAAUAAUUGUCUUUGGAAUAAUGUAGUGAAUCAUGCACAAUAAUGAAAACGUGCAUUAAGAAAAUAAAUAGGGUCAGUUUUGAUUCAUGUUGACUAGACAUUUUAGAUAUCAUCAUGUGACACUGAAGACUGGAAUAAUAGCUGCUAAAAAAUUCAGA